AUGUUCGGGAAAUAUCCGUUCGAAACGUACUCGGCGAUUGAUGGGGACGACUUGAAGCUGGGGGAUCAGGUUAACCCAUGGGCUCGGAGGGUAAAGGAGGACAUCCUGUUGGGACUGAAGACCUAUUGCGACGCGGCGAGCAGCAUGGAGCUGGAGCCCGCCAGGUUCGCGCUGAAGAACAAGCAGGCCACGCCAGACGGGGGGGACCACAGGCGCAACAAGCAGCAGCGCACCGUCGAGGCCCUGCUCCACGGGGUGGCGCUGGCCACGAUGGCCGCAGGCCAAACAUACCACGAGACGGUCUGGGCACCCAAGGCCAAGAACGACGAGAAGGGCCUGGAUGAGCUGGGCCCACCGUGCGCGCACAUAUUCACACCGAUGGUGCUGGGCAGCAACCAGGAGGCAUGCGAGCAGAAGUCGAAAGAAGUGAUCUCGUCGUUUUCGAUGGCACAUAUCAGGGAUAAGGGCGCGGCGAAGGUGCAGGACACAGUCAUGCGCUGCAAAGGCAGACCCACGAAGCCCAAGGAAAACAAUCCUGGCAUGAUGGAGUUGCCCCCCGGCCUCAACAGCAAGCGCGCGGAGGUGCCGGGCGCGGAUUGCGCUGAGUACUUCGAUCGGGCAGUGAACGAAGGUUGCGGCGACCCCCUCAGCUACUCGGCCGUCGUGUACGAGCUACGCAGAGUGCCCGGGCUGUCCCGGCCGUACGGGUCGUCGGUGGACGCCGCGGAGUUCCUCGGCGGUGGCGCGGGCCUGGACAGGGCCGCGGGCGGCAGGGGCGGAAGUCCGAUCAGGGGCAACGACAGUCAGACAGAGUCGAUCGGAUUUGCGGACGUGGACGGAGACCUGGUGCGCCUGGUCAGGAGGGAGGACGGUCAGCACGAGGUUUUCGUCAACGACGACCUGAUCUGGACGGGCACCCCGGAGCUCAAAGAUGAGUGCGACGGCGAGACGGAGGACGAGCAGCGAAGCCUGCAGAGGCAGGACGGUGAGGCGAGCGGGAUGGAGGGGGAUCGGGAGGCGCCGGAGAGGGAGCUCCCGGCCCACUCGGUGGGGGGCCCCGUGGGCCCGGGCGCGCCCGCGGCGGCGAGGAGCAGCAGGCCGCCCCCAGCCAGCAGCAUCGUCUCGUCGGCCUCGGGCUCUGCGCGCGCGCGGCCGCGGGGCCAGGCCACGGAGGCCGUCCAGGACCUCGGGCAUGAGUUCGACGUUCGGCCGGGCCGCUGGGGCGACUGCAUGAGGGAGAUCAGGAGCAUGAUGGCGGAGGCCUCGAAGGAGAGGCGGUCGCUGGCGGAGGACUCUGGCAUGCGCCAGGAGGAGCUCCUCGGGAUGGUGGCCCAGAUGGCGACGGGCGCGUCGGCCAGGCGCCGUGCGAGCCAGGAGCAGGCGGCCUCCCACGAGAGGGCCCUGAGGCAGCAGGCGUGCGACCUCGCGAGUGGCGCCGCGCUCAACCACGAGGUCCUCCAGGAGCUCCUGCGGCGGCACACCGCCGGCGAGGAGCCAGGGCAGGAGCCGGAAGGAGGCCGCGGCCGGCGAAGUGGGGCGUCCUCGCCCGCGGCGCGGCAGCGGCAGCAGCCCCCCCCGCAGCAGGGAGCGCCGGCCACCGUCGACGAGGCCGCGGCGCCGGCGGAGGGGCCAGUGGCCGUGCGGGAGUCUACGACAUUCAGGACGGAGGGGGCCCUUCCUGCGGGGCGCGGCGGCCGCAGGAGUACCGUGUCCCUGUUCAACCAGACCUACCUGGCGGAGCCUGACGCCAAGGUGCCCUGGAUGGUAGCGUGCUACACAGCGUACAUGAACAUCAAGGAGCCGGAGCGCACUGGCAGAGUUGCGAGACUCGAGGUGGUCUCGCGCCACUCAUUCGGGCUCAUCAUCUUCAUGCACGCGUGCUGGAUGACCUGGUUUGUCGACCAGCAGGCGAGAAGUGCUCUGGACCGACGGUCCUGGGCAUACGAGGUCGACAAGUUUUUCCUGGUCAUGUACAUGGCGGAGCUGGGCCUGCGGCUGGUAGUGCACAGGCUGUACUUUUUCUUAAGUGAGGAUGCUGGCUGGAACUGGUUUGACUUCCUGAUAGUGCUCAUCGACAUCAUGGAGACAGUCCUGGCAGAAGGCGGGCCCGCGGGGCUCUCUGUCCUGCGCCUCGUCAGGACCCUGAAGGUCAUCCGGGUCUUCCGGGUCUUCCGGCUCGUCCACGUGUUCCAUGAGUUGCGCUUCAUUUGGGGCGGCCAGACGCCCGCGGUGGCAGACGAGCGGCGGCCAGGGGAAGACGCCGCGGGCCCGCACCCGCCCGUGGCAGCUUGCCGGGGACAGGCGCGCCUCGUCACGCGAGAGGUGGUGCAGGACGAUCCCGAGGAGCCCUCCAGGUUCAGCGUGGACGGUAAGGACAAGAGUUGGUUCGUCCAGAAAGGCGCGGUGUCGUUCCACUGCCGAGACCCCAGCGCGUUCAGCUUGGACCUUUCCUUUCUUGGGGGCGCGCGGAGCCUCUUCGGGGAGCGCUACGCGGGUCUGAGCCGCCAGGAGCAGGAGAGCUCGAUCAACUGGCUAGUCGCCGCCGGGGCGGCCUUCGAGGACUGGGAGCUCACCGGCUACAGGGAUUGCAAGCUCGCGGGCUUCUUCUUCCUGCUGCACCUGAACUACCGACGCGCUGGCGCGUGGUCGGCUGCCCCCACGACUGCGAGCUGGAGGACGCGGCCGGGAGGCGCUACCCGAGCGGCCCGCAGCAGGAGGGCCUCCUGGAGGUGCCGGCGCGCGAGGGCCAGCGCCUGGGCGUGGAGCUGGCCCGGGGCGAGCUGUGGCUGCUGGACGACGGGUGCCCUGUGGCUCGAGGCCUGUGGGCCGCGGCCGGCGCCGGCGGCGGCGGACUGCCCGAGCGGCGGUAUUGCCCAGCCGUCUUGA